GAGGCCGACCGCCAUUUUCGUUCUGCUUCAUGCAGCGAACCCCGGCCACGCAUGUCACAUAUUUACCCCCUCACCUCCUCCGUCCAGCCAAACCUCUCCCGCCGGCUACCUCCCUUCAAAUACACGCAGCGGCCACGCUCGCGCGUAAUAUAUACGUCGGCACCGAAGCAGCCACAGACUAAUAAAUACAAGCAAAUAAACCAGCAGCUAGCUACAUCCAUGGCGCGAUCAACCCACGCGCUGCUCCUGCUCGCCGUGGCCGCGGUCGCGGCGGCGUCCUGCUUCUCGCCUGCGGCUGCAGGCGUCGCGGUGGCCGACGUGUGCAAGGGCACCCCGUACGCGGAGCUGUGCACCGCGACGUCCGGGAAGCAGGCGUCGCGCUACCCGACGGUGGACGCGCUGACGGUGCUGAGCAUGCAGGUGGACGCCUUCUCCAAGCGCGCGGCGGCGGCGCGCCUGCACGCGGCCGAGAUGUCCGCCAGCCCCACCGUGGCCCCGGGGGCGGCGAGGGCGCUCAAGACCUGCGACGGCCUCUACUCCGACGUCGAGGACAACCUCGGCGCCGCCCGCCGCGCCAUCGGCUUCAAGGACGCCGUCACCAUCCGGGCCAUGAUGGGCAUGGCGGCGCAGGACAUGAAGAACUGCGACGAGGAGUUCAGAAAGGAGGCCGCGGAGAACCCCCUGACGCGCUUCGACAAGUCGCUGCUCGACAUAUCCGAGAACUGCCGCGCGCUCUCCAACAUGAUCUGAUCUCUCGUCGUCUCACUCUCACCUCGUCGGAUCGGAUCGAACGCGCGCCCAUUGUAGACGAGCGAUUCGUCGAUCGACACCACCUUUGCACUGCCGUUAACGCUGCGCACAUUAUUGAAUUCACAAUGUACGUCCUUUUUGUAUUUCCUUUCUUUUCCUCACAUCUUGUUGUUUACUGCCGAGAUGUGUUACUUAACCACCCGGUCUUGGAAUGGGGAGGCGAAUUCAAGUCUGUUUCUGAAUCGAAAUCCCGUUCGUGUUGUUA